AACCUGCUCCUUAGGAAUACCGCUCCAGUGAUUCUAGGAUGGAUUGGAGCGGGGAGACUUGAAGCAGGAGGACCCCCAGCAGUUCCUGCAGUGACCAGGGCCAGGGAGAGGAGGGGGCUGUUGGAGAGAUGGCGCGGAGGUGAAAUUAAACAGACGUUCUCGUGAAACUGACCAGAGCUGCAGCAGAGGUGCAUUCACCGCCAGGGGAAACUGGUUCGGGGAAGACCACGCAAAUCCCCCAGUACCUUUACGAGGCGGGCCUGGGCCGCCAAGGCGUGAUCGCCGUGACUCAGCCUCGCCGAGUUGCCGCCAUCUCCCUGGCCGCCAGAGUCUCCGAGGAAAAGAGGACAGAACUGGGCAAGCUGAUGUGGAAACCGAGGCUCGAACAUCAAUGGAGCCAGAAGUCAAAGCCUGUGGCUUCCCGGGGGCCGGCUGUUGGCCUCUGGCUCAGCUUCCCUCCUUGCAGGUGGGCUACUCUGUCCGCUUUGAUGACGUCACUUCUGAGGACACCAGAAUCCUCUUCCUCACGGACGGGAUGCUGCUUCGGGAAGCCAUGGCCGAUGCUCUGCUGCGCAGGUACAGCUUCGUCAUUCUGGAUGAGGCUCACGAGCGGACCAUCCACACGGACGUGCUCCUGGGCGUGGUGAAGUCGGCCCAGCGCCGCAGGAAGGAGCUGAGGAAGCCUCCGCUCAGAGUCCUCGUCAUGUCGGCCACCAUGGACGUGGACCUCUUCUCGCGCUACUUCGACGGUGCCCCCGUUCUCUACGUGGAGGGGCGGCAAUUUCCCAUCCAGGUUUACUACACCAAACAGCCGCAGAGCGAUUACCUCCACGCCGCCCUGGUGUCCAUCUUCCAGAUUCACCAGGAAGCUCCGCCUUCUCAGGACAUCCUGGUGUUCCUCACUGGUCAGGAAGAGAUCGAGGCCCUUUGCAAGGCCUGCCGAGAUAUAGCACGGCACCUGCCCGAGGGCUGCCCGCUGAUGCUGGUGCUGCCGCUCUACGCCUCCCUCCCCAGCUCCCAGCAGCUCAGGGUCUUCCAGGGGGCCCCCAAGGGCUCUCGCAAAGUGAUCGUUUCCACCAACAUCGCGGAAACCUCCAUCACCAUCGCCGGCAUCAAGCACGUGAUCGACACGGGCAUGGUCAAGGCCAAGAGGUUUAAUCCCGAGAGCGGCCUCGAGGUGCUGGCUGUCCAGCGGGUGUCCAAGACGCAGGCCUGGCAGCGGACGGGGCGGGCCGGCCGUGAGGACAGCGGGUCCUGCUACCGCCUCUACACGGAGGACGAGUUCGACAAGUUUGACAAGAUGACGAUUCCAGAGAUCCAGAGGUGUAACCUGGCCAGCGUCCUCCUGCAGCUCCUGGCCCUGCGCGUCCCCAACGUCCUCACUUUUGACUUCAUGUCUAAACCGUCCCCAGAUCAUCUCCAGGCCGCGCUGGAGCAGCUGGAGCUGCUGGGGGCCAUCCAGCAGAAGAAGGACGAACCACUAGGGCUGACCCCGAUUGGAAGAAAGAUGGCGGCCUUCCCUUUGGAGCCCAAGUUUGCCAAAACCAUCCUUCUCUCCCCCAAAUUCCACUGCACAGAAGAGAUACUGACCAUUGUUUCCCUGCUGUCUGUGGACAGUGUCCUGCACAACCCCCCUUCGCGGCGUGAUGAGGUGCAGUGCGCCAGGAAGAAGUUCGUCUCCAGCGAGGGGGACCACCUGACCCUGCUCAAUGUGUACCGAGCCUUCCGAAACGUGGGCGGGAACAAGGAAUGGUGCCGAGAGAAUUUUGUCAACGGCAAGAACAUGACGCUUGUGGCCGAAGUCCGAGCCCAGCUCCGGGACAUUUGCAUCAAGAUGGCAAUGCCCAUCGAGUCUUCGCGGGCCGACACGGGCAACAUCCGCCGAUGUCUGGCACACGGCCUUUUCAUGAACACGGCCGAGCUUCAGCCCGACGGCAGCUACGUCACCGUGGACACCCGCCAGCCGGUGUCCAUCCACCCGUCCUCCGUGCUCUUCCACUGCAAACCGGCCUGCGUCACCUACAACGAGCUGCUGUCCACCAACAAGUGCUACAUGAGGGACCUCUGUGUGGUCGACGCAGACUGGCUCUACGACGCGGCCCCUGACUACUUCCGGAGGAAGAUGAGGGCUGCCCGGAGCUGAGCGGGGCGAGGGGCCGGGCAGGAGGGUGGGGCUCAUCGCUGGUUGGUGGGCAGCAGUCUUGUCUUGCUUGGCUCCAGUUUUUAUCUGUAUACAGUUUUUCAAUUAAAGAUGCAAUAAAUUUACUUUUGUAACAUUUGUACAAAA